AUGGAGAGAUACCAUAUCAUCAAGCAAGUUGGUGAAGGUAGUUUCGGGCGGGUGUAUCAGGCGAUCGACCACCUCACUGGUCAAUAUGUGGCGAUCAAACAGUUGAAGCCAAACUGUCAUCCCAUGUCGUAUCUGCCGGAAGUCCGUGCUCUCCAGAUUUUGCAGCACCCCAAGAUAGUGGGAUUCAAGGGAGCUGAACGCCAACACAACACCGUUUUCUUGGUUUUCGAGUACAUGGACGGCAGCCUUCGACAUCUCAUCAACCAUAGGCUGAGGAUGGGAGUCCCUUUCUCGGAAGCCGAGAUCAAAUUUUUUAGCUUCCAAGUCUUGCAGGGACUCGACUUCAUGCAUCGAAACCGCCGCUUCAUGCACAGGGACCUGAAGCCGGAGAAUCUCUUGGUCAACAAGCAUGGCGUCCUCAAGAUCUCGGAUCUUGGUAGUGCUACGGAGAUAGAAUCCGAUGAAAGCCUAUUCCACCAUCAUUAUGUCACCACAAGGAGUUAUCGUGCCCCGGAGAUGCUGCUUCGGAUGUUCUUGAAAAACAAGAAGCUUCGACCGUUCGAGUACGAUGAGAAAGUGGACAUGUGGGCGGUUGGGGUAAUCAUAGCUGAGCUGUAUCUCAUGCGGCCUCUCUUCAUCGCUGAGAGUUCUGCCGAUCAGUUGAAAGAGAUAUGCAAAGUGAUAGGGGCACCAACUUGGGAGUCAUGGAUGAACUGGCCUAAACUUGAGCCGGAGAAGGGUUUCGGGUUUCGAGCUUUAGUGACGUCUGCCAGUGAAUCGGCUCUCGAUCUCAUUGAGUCUCUGUGUUCUUGGGACCCAUCGAAUAGGCCAAGUGCCGCGGAAGCUCUUCGGCAUCCAUUCUUCACGAGAGGCCGGAAUGUUUUGGCUCCUCCUCCUGGGUUCUCACGUUGCCCUCGUCCAAUGAUGAGGUACGUGGUCAACAAGAAUGUUCCAAAGAUGACUAGCAUGCAGCAGCCAAUUUACUAG